AUGUCAGUCAAGGGAAGAAUAUUAUGUUUACAUGGGUUUGCCCAAACCGGAAAAAUUUUUGCUGAAAAGUCUUCAGGUAUUCGAAAAUUAUUGAAAAAGAAAAACUAUGAAACAAUAUAUAUCGAUGCUCCAAUUAAAUUGAAAAUUAAUGAGUUGCCAUUCACUCCAACGACUAUACCAGAAGACGAGAAUUUUGGUUUUGCAUGGUACCGGUUAAAUGAAGGAAAAAUCGAGGAUUCAAUCAAUCUCAUCAACAAAACCUUUCAAGAAAAGGGCCCAUUUGAUGGUAUCAUUGGCUUCUCUCAAGGUGCUGCUUUAGCAUUUGUCUUUGCAAACCUAUUUCAUUCAAAGUUUCCCUCAUUGAAAUUCAUAAUGAUGUUUUCCAGCUAUUCUUUUUAUGAUGACGACUACCUCUCGAAACUAGAUCCUAAUCUUUACAGAGAUUUAUAUUUGCAAAAAUUAGGCCUACGAAGUAUGCACAUCUACGGAAAAAAUGACAAUGUUAUUAAAUCGCAGCUAUCUAUCAAGUUGGCCAAUAACUAUUGCGAAAAGGGAACAGCAACACUUUUCGAGCAGCCAGGAGGACAUUUCAUUCCAAACUCCAAGCCAUUGUGCAGAGGAUGGAUAGAGUGGAUUGAAGAAAGUAUGAGCCAGUGA